AUGUUAUUUGUGUGUACAUUUUGUCAUAUCAUAAUAUAUAGGCAUCAAUAACAGUUGACAGCAAGCAGUCAACUUCUUUGAGUACUUAGUUGUAUUUCUUUUGUCAUUUUGCUUCUCUGCCUUUAUCCUUCUUUAUAGCUAUGGAGAUUAUUUUUUUAAUUCUCUUUACUCUUUUGGUUUAAAGGUUUCUUUAAAUACCUAAGAAGGUCAGUAAUUGCUUCUAAUUUGCAAGAAGAGUAUCUUCACAAUACUAAUGAACAGGCAGAAAUUCUGAUUUACAGGCCAUGAACAUGACUUCUCCAACAACUCAAUUUGCCCCCACAAGAAGGAUGGGCAUAUAUGAACCAUUUCACCAGAUGAGUGUGUGGGAAGACGCGUUUAGAGGUGACAUUAUGCCUAGUGCUGAUGCAUGUAUGGUUUCACACCCAAACGAUAGGCCAGAUGACAAGUCGGGGUAUACGUCCGGUGAACAACAUAUGCCCUCUGGCUCUGGAGAUAAUCAAGGACCGAGGAGUUCUUCAGACAAGGUACAAAGACGUUUAGCGCAAAAUCGUGAAGCUGCUCGUAAAAGCCGUAUGCGGAAAAAGGCCUAUGUACAGCAGCUGGAAACCAGCCGUUUGAAGCUGGCACAACUCGAAUUGGAGCUCGAGAGAGCUAGACAGCAGGGAUUAUACAUGUUAGGUUCAAAUAGCAAUAUGGGACUAUUAGGAACAAUUAAUCCAGGAAUAGCUGCAUUCGAGAUAGAAUACAGCCACUGGGUGGAAGAGCAACAAAAAAAGAAUGCAGAAUUGCGGAGUAUAUUGCAGUCUCCUGUAAGCGAUAUGGAGCUUCAGUUGCUAGUAGAAAAUGUCUUAAGCCACUAUUUCAAUCUCUUUCGCAUGAAAGCUGAUGCCGCCAAAGCUGACGUGUUUUACUUAAUGUCUGGGAUGUGGAGAACUUCCGUCGAGCGCUUUUUCCUCUGGAUUGGAGGAUUCAAGCCAUCAGAACUCAUAAAUGUGGUGAUGCCACAACUCGAGCCCUUGGCCGAUCAGCAAAUCAUUAAAGUGUGUAAUCUGCGACACUGUUGCCAGCAAGCUGAAGAUGCUCUCACACAGGGAAUGGAUAAACUUCAGCAGACUCUGGCUCAGAGCAUCCUAAAUAUGAACACGGGAGCUGGAAAUUACACUUCCCAAAUGGUUUCUUCAAUGGAAAAUUUAGAAGCAUUGGAGAGCUUUGUUAACCAGGCAGAUCACCUUCGACAGCAAACACUACAACAAAUGUCUAUUAUUUUGUCAACACACCAAGCAGCUAGGGGCUUACUUGCUUUUGGGGAGUAUGUUCAACGUCUUCGUGCUCUGAGUUCACUCUGGGCAGCGCGUCCUCGUAAACCUACCUAAAUGAUCUGUUCAUCAGACGCAACUGGGAUCGAUGAGCUUAACUAGAUUAUGUUUGAUGUUGUUGGUAAUGCUCGAGCUGUAAAUGGGAAUGUACGUUAUCAUAGUUUUGCUUGCUUAGGCGGAUUUAGCUAUUUACUAGUAUUUGAAAUACAUAUUUUCGAGGAAACGAAAAUUUGUGUAUAUAUAUAUAUUUGGAUGUUGUAUAUAGGCUAUAUAGCAAUGGAAUAAUUUUGUUGGAUGUUUCUGAAGAUUUAUGUGAGACUAGAAAACUUGCUAUGAA